CUUGAAGUCGCGCUCCGGUAUCAACAGGCGCGCGCUUGGAACGGGGAGCGGUUGGUGACGUGACGUUAGCAGGAGCUUGCGCUUCAGUCCGAGUCGGAACCGGGGCGGAGUUGGAUGCUAUGUGAGGGAGUGAAAGUAGCAAUGGCUGAUACAAGAACAAUGUCUGGUGGUGAUACUGUUGAUGCACAAUCCAGUACAAUCUAUGAAGGAAGAAGCCAAAAACAACUGGCUGAUGAUACUCUUGCUGUGGAUACAGUACCUGACCAGUAUAUAAAAUAUAAAAUGAGCUACAAACAUAUUGGCAUGUGUCUUCUCUUCAACAAUAAGAAUUUCCAUCCAGUGACAGGCAUGAAUAAACGUAAUGGUACGGAUGUAGAUGCUGCUAAACUGAGCAAGACAUUCAAAAACCUGGGCUAUGAUGUUAUGGUUUAUAAUGAUAAAACAUGCAAUGAAAUGCUUGAAAUAUUGCAAAAUGCUGCCAAAAGCGACCACAGCCAAAUGGCUUCAUUUGUUUGUAUUUUCCUCAGCCAUGGAGAGGAAGGAUUAUUGUAUGGAAUAGAUGGUGCUGAAGAAAUUAGAAAAUUCACCAGUAUCUUUCGAGGAGAUCGAUGCAGAUCUUUGGUUGGCAAGCCAAAGCUGUUCUUUAUACAGGCUUGUCGAGGAAAUGAAUUUGAUGGAGGUGUUGAGACUGACAGUGCUGUAGAUGAAAAGAGUACUUCCCUGAAAAAAAUACCCAUAGAGGCUGACUUCCUGUAUGCUUAUUCUACAGCACCUGGCUAUUACUCUUGGAGGAAUACAGGCAAUGGUUCAUGGUUUAUUCAGUCAUUAUGCCAUGUACUUGAUAGGCAUGGCAAGGAACUGGAGAUCAUGCAAAUACUCACUAGAGUCAACCAUAAAGUGGCAUUGGAAUUUGAAUCCAGCACGCAUACGGAGGCUUGCAAUGAGAAAAAGCAAAUCCCUUGCAUUAUUUCUAUGCUAACUAAAGAACUUUACUUUAGUUGUUAAGACACUUUUGGAAAUGUGAAAUUGUAUAAUUUCUUCAAUCUAUUCCAGAAUUAACAGCAACUUCCAAUACUUUAUCUGCCUGAAGAGCAAUAAAUGCUUUAAUCAACAUAACCAAUCAUAGAAUUUUUGGUGGUGGUUAUUUUGAUGGCAUGAAUACAUUUCUAAAACCGGUUUAGUUAAAUUGUUGAUGCAAUAUCUUUACAAUGUCAAAUUUUGAAAAUCGAUAGUUAAUUUUUGAAUUUCAUUGUUAAAAGCAAUUUAGCAGGUAUUUUUUGACUGAAUUUUAUUAAUGUAAAGAGAGCUUUUGAUAAAUAAAACAACAACAAAGAAUUGGGGAUGCUGGAGAAACUCAGCAGCAACUUGGUGCGGUUUCUUCCCACAGAUCCCACCAGACCUACUGAGUUUCUCCACCAAUUUCUGUUUGUUUCUUUUGAUUAAAAUCGUGUUUGAAGAUCUUGCAUUGUUUUGUGUGUAUCAAUAGCCACGUGUUCAAAAAUAAUUAAAAAUUUACACAAUUAUAAAAGUAA